AGGUAGAUUGGGCGAUUCGAGACCGGAAGUAGUUAAAUCUCAUGUCCGGGUUUUGGUUGCUGCGACUUGUCUCCAGGCCUAGCGACGACAUGGCGGAUUUGUCUCUGGACGAGCUGAUCAGAAAGCGCGGUGUCAGUGUAAACAUGAAGGGGAGGUUGAACACCAGACCAGUAUUUGGGAGUGUCAGAUCCCGAAUUGGAAUCCAACAAACAUUUCUUGGCAGGCCAGCAUCAAGUGCUGGUUUCCAGCGGACAUUUGAUGCACGUCAAAAGAUUGGUGUUACUGACGCUCGACAGAAAAUUGGUGUGAAAGAUGCCCGGGAGAAACUUCUUCAGAAAGAUGCCAGAUUCAAAAUCAAAGGGAAUGUACAGGAUGCCCGAGAAAUGCUCAAUUCUCGAAAGCUGCAAAGUAGUGAUAAUGUGACCAAAGUUGUUGAUGCCAGAGAGAAGAUCAGCUUGAAAAGGAGUGUACCUGCUGCAGCCAUUAUAAAUACUGCUAUGGAAACAGUGGCCCCUGCUGUGAAGAUCACAAAAACCAUUCAACAGAAGGCUGCAGCUCCAUCACACUCUCACCCUGCAGGUAUGAAGAUCAACGUUGUGAAUAAUCACACACACAAACAGUGCCUGUAUGACAUGGAAGAUGAUGAUGAAGCUGUAUCUCCCCUUCCUAGCAAACAGAUGAAAAUUACUACCACAAACAGCUUUCUUCAUAAUACAGUAAGGGCUGGGCUCAGUGGCAGCAAGUUCUCUCUGUCAAAAACUGUUCCCCUCACAAAAGUGGUCCAGAAUGAUGCCUAUACAGCCCCUGUGGCUCCACCUUCCCCCAUCCGGACAAAGGCCCUAACAAACAUGUCUCGAACCUUGGUGACUAAGGAGGAGCCCCCCACAGAGCCUGCACCUCUUGAGCUGGCCUUCAGCCCGUUAGAAGGUACCAAGAUGACUGUGAAUAAUUUGCACCCUCGUGUCACAGAGGAAGACAUUGUUGAAUUGUUCUGUGUAUGUGGUGCCCUAAAGCGAGCCCGUCUAGUGCAUCCUGGGAUGGCUGAGGUUGUGUUUGUGAAAAAGGAGGAUGCCAUCACUGCAUAUAAAAAAUACAACAACAGGUGCUUGGAUGGGCAACCAAUGAAAUGCAACCUUCAUAUGAAUGGAAAUAUCAUCACAUCUGACCAACCCAUCUUGCUUCGAUUAAGCGACAGCCCCUCAGUGAAGAAAGAAAGUGAACCACGUCGAACAAGUGUAGGCGCCUCCUCAAAUCCACCUGCAGAGGUGGAUCCUGAUACCAUCUUGAAGGCACUCUUCAAAUCCUCAGGGAUCUCUGCCUCUGUGCAGCCUACAGAAUUCAAAAUUAAACUUUGAGGAGUGGAAGGCAAGAAGUGGACUGGAAAACUCAUUGAGCACGGGAAAUAGAGAGAUGCGUGCAGGAACACAACUGUUCCUGCACUUGACCAUGUGGAGACCUUUGUUUUUCUACAGUUGCUACUUUCCUGUACAAUAGUACUGUCCCUAAUAUAUGUGUUCUGUUUUCAUAGAUGGAGUUUUUUGUCCCCAUAUUUCUAAAGGAUUAAUCUUCCCUUCCUCCAGUGAGAAAUAAGAGAAAUAUAGCACUGAGCUUAGACCAUUCAACUCCUUCCUUUGUUUCAGUCCCCUAGUAGCCAGCCUGGAAAAGUGUAUCUGGUAAAAGGACACCACAAGCGACUUGUUUGGGCUUGCAUCCUGUGAGCGAGAGAUGGAGUCCCUUUGCUUUUGACUGUUGAUAAACUUGAUUUCAUUUUCAGUGCAGCAGUGUUUAGGGAUGUGACCAGGUGUGGUGCUGGACUUCCACACCCUUCAUAAUAGCAGUAGCAAGUUUUAAAACUGUAAAAUUACAUUCAUGCAGCAUCUCAUAGUCAAUUAAGACAGCCCCUCAGUGAAGAAGAGGCUGUGCGGGCUGUGGAAGAAAUGUAUAGGUACAAGAACAUAAAAUUUAAGGAAACCCACACUGUGAAAUGCUAAAACUAAUAUACAAAAAUCCACUCUACAACUAAAAAUCAAUGAAACAAUCUCUACUUGGUAUAUAUAAUAAACUCAAUACAAACAAAAUUCAUAAAUAUUCAAUCAAAACUAGUAACGUGUUUUGAACCACUUAUCCACAUAGUCAAGAAUAGUGUGCACAUUAAUACAGUCUCAAAGGUACAAAUGCAUAAAUUCUGACUCCAUAAAUGUAAAGGCAGUAUAUAUAUAUACAGCUACCAGGUGUGUAUAACCCAAUGUAACAAUAUGAUCCAAUGGAUAGCUGAUUCUGUAGUGCACACUAUUCUUGACUAUGUGGAUAAGUGGUUCAAAACAUGUUACUAGCAUUGAUUAAACAUUUAUGAAUUUUGUUUGUAUUGGGUUUAUUAUAUAUAUCAAAUAGAGAUUAAAUUUCAUUAAUUUUGUAGUAGUAGAGUGGAUUUUUGUAUAGUAUAGUUAUAUUUCACAGGUGGGUUUCUUUAUCUCGUUUCCACUGUGGUCUCGGUGUAGUUUAGGUACAGGAACGUGUCCUACACUUCUCUGCCUUGGUUAUGUUCAACAUUUAUUAACGAGAAAAAGGGGUCCCAACAUUGGCAUCAUCUGUGCUCUGAAAAUGUCUCAGAACCGCUUGCUCAUCGUUUGGAUGCAUGGGAUUUGUUUAUGAGUAAAACAUUCCUUUUAACUUUAAAUAGCACCGCUUUGUGUGUCCUCUCCAUCUCAACCAUUUGAGCAGGAAAGAAAGUGGCUGUACUCCCACUCCAUCCUCAGUUUUUCAGGAAGGAGCAAAGCAGUCCACCUAUCCUGCAUUGUGCUUUAAAGCUCUGCAGUCAGUUGAGACCCUUGUUCUGCCUGCUUAGACGGACCUGGAUUAAUGCCCGUGUGUGCUGCUCAUGGACCUUGCUGGGAGACAAACUUCUACACCAGUACAAAUCGCUUUCAGGGGCUUCUCCUUGUCCUACACUACCUUCCCUCAUUCCACAGCAAAGGUUCCUCACUGUGGCUGGAGGUGAGUUCAGUCACAGAAACAACUUCCAUCUGUUUUUGAGAUGUGUUCAGUAGUAAAAAUGGCAUCUUUUAACACACCACUAUAUUUGGGCCAGAUUGUGUUACUGCUUUGUAGCACUAUUGGUUACUUGUCUGUACUGGGAAAAUAGCAAGUGCCACAUGCAGUUGAUGGUGAGAAACCUUGCCCAGUUGGCACAGAAUGAGGUAGAGAGUGAACUGAGCUCUUAGUAAGAAGGAAGCCUUUCAAAAUCCUAAAGUUCAAGUAAGUCCAUCCGGAAUCUUUCACUGACUUGCCAGCCUUCACUAGGAGACAUGCACUCCUUUUCGUUAAAAUCACGUUAUCCAGUGAAAACAGGAAAUUGUCAACAGUUCAAAUAGAUGCAUUCAUUUAAACUCAAGUGAAGCCAAGACUACUAAAAGCCACUUUUAAAUUAGGGUGGGGCUUAAAUCUUUAUCCUUCUGGCUAGAAGGCUAGCUUUUUGUUCAUCUGUGUUGAAAUCCUGUAGUGUAAUUUCAUAGCAGAGCUUGCUGCUCUGAAUUCUUCUGCUUUUUGAUCUGUACAAUCACUUAGUUUCAUUGGGUCACGUUCCAGCAUAACUCUCCAGGAUGUGGAAGGAGAUUUGUUUCCAAUGCAUUUUGAUCAUCUGGAUUAUUCAUUUCAGACUGGUCAUAACAGCACCCUUGCUAGGGAGAUGCUGUUUGUGAACUGGAGAUCUGUUAUGUGUGUACAGAAUUGCAAAUCCCUAUCCCAGGCAACACUGUUUCAUUAUAGGGGAAGGGAAGGUUGGCAUUGGAGGACACUAUGUAUUAUGUUUCUGAAUAAACAUUUGUUAUACAGA